CAAAACAUUUUUUUCGUGCUGCUGUUUGACUUUUUUCAGUGCGAAAAAGGAAUUUUGUUGUUCUUGCGUUUACGUGUUGUGUAUUUCUCGUGUUUCUCAAUAACAAACCUCGUUUAGGAAAUGUGUUUUGCUUCUGUGUAGUUCACGUCUUGCUAAGCCCGAUUUCAAGUAUGUGGGUCAAACCUCAAGAAGUGUUUAUUAAAACAGCGUUCUGGGAUACAGAUGAAAACUCUUUAUACUUUGUGCUACAAAGAAGAAAAGGUCAUGGGAAAUCAAAGGGAUUGUCUUCCCUUCUAGUUGGCACUUUAGAUAGUGUACUAGACUCGAAACCAGCACCCUUCAGGAUACUCCAUCAGACUCCAAAUUCUGAGAUUUAUUAUGUGAUAGCAACAGCACUGACAUCAGACGAGAUAAAACGGGACUGGCAGUGGCUGGUGCACAAUGUGUGUCCGACGCUACACUCCUUCGACACUGAGGAGGAAGUCACAGAGUUUGUCUGCUGCAAAAUUAACUCUAUUAUUGCCACGGAACAAGAGAAUUUCACCGAAGAUGAAGAUACUGUCACAUACAAAAAUGUUGACUAUGAGUUCCACCAACGAUUCAGUAUGCCGAAAGAUGAAAAACUUGUGUGCUACUAUUCAUGCAGUUACUGGAAAGGGAAGAUGCCUCGCCAAGGCUGGAUGUACCUGUCGGUUCACUACAUGUGUUUCUAUUCAUAUAUUUUUGGCCGAAAAACCACAAUAAAAAUUCGCUGGGCCGAUGUAACAGAGCUGGCCAAAACCAACAGUUUACUAUUCCCGGAUUCCAUAAAAAUUGUCACAAGAGACGGAGAGUUCUACUUUACUAUGUUCUUGAAGAAAAGUGAGACAUAUGCGUUGAUGCAGCAGCUUGCUAAUAUUGCAAUGAAACAAAUGAUUGACGACAAAUCCGGUAGCUUCAACAUUGACAAGGAAUUGUUGACAAAACUGAGCAAAAAUGUACCGAAAAAGCCAUCCUUCCUGAAACGUGACCUCGAUGCGAGAAAGCAAUCUAAUCUUUACACGUUAAAGUUCAGAUUGCCACAGACGGAGAAGUUGGAUGGUUCUGAGGAAUGCACUUUAUGGACCCCCUACAAUAAGAGACACAACUGGGGUCGCUUGUAUUUGUCACAAAACUUUAUUUGUUUUGAUAGUCGGGUCCGCAACCUAGUCCGCCUGACCAUCCCGCUGCGCAAUGUGCACCAAGUGGAGCGAGCCGUCUCGGGCGGCGCCGGGUCGUCCGGCGACACGGGCAGCGUCCUCAUCACCACGGCCCACCACACGAGUUUCUUGUUCGGGAAUAUAUCGGACCGGGAGUUCUUGGUGCACAAGAUCUCGGAACUGCUGGCUAAGUUGCCCAAUGAUGUUUUCAGGGAGAACGCGACGCGUGCCAUAGACCGCUCUGAGUCAGACGGCGGGUGGUCUCCGCAGCCGCCGCUCAUGACGCUGUUUAAGACGCACCAGACCUCGCCCAUCAAGCAGAUACAGCAGAAGAAGGAGAAGCAAUGGGAGGAGCACAUGGCGGAAGUAGGCCGGGGGGUCAGCAUGUACCAGACGGUGGCCGGCAGCGAGCUGGUCAUCGGCGGCGUCCCCGAGUCUUUGCGAGGCGAGCUUUGGAGCGUGUUCUCAGGAUCAAAUCUCCAAAAGGCUCAGAACAAGGGACUUUACGAGAAGCUAGUAAACGAAGCAUUAUCAUCAAAGAACCAAGCCAACGAUGAAAUUGAGAGGGAUCUUCACAGAUCGUUGCCAGAACAUCCAGCCUUCCAGAAUGAUCUUGGCAUAUCAGCCCUUCGCCGAGUUUUAUGCGCCUACGCGUUAAAAAACCCCACAAUCGGGUACUGUCAAGCGAUGAACAUUGUGGCGUCAGUGCUACUGAUAUACUGUCCCGAAGAGCAAGCCUUCUGGCUGCUAGCUACUAUAUGCGAGACGCUGCUACCUGAUUAUUAUAAUACUAGGGUCGUUGGGGCUUUGGUAGACCAAGGCGUCCUAGAAGAGCUAACAGAAGUCCACCUCCCCGAGCUCCACGCUAAACUGGACGAGUUGGGGCUGAUGAAGAUGAUCUCCCUCUCCUGGUUCCUGACUCUGUUCAUCAGCGUGAUGCCCUACGAGUGUGCCGUUAAUGUCAUGGACUGCUUCUUCUAUGACGGCGCCAAGGUCAUCUUUCAGGUGACACUAACAAUCCUGGACAUAAACCGGGAGAAGCUUCUGAAGUGCGCGGAAGACGGACAAGCGAUGCAGAUACUGAGCCAGUACCUCGAGGGCAUCUAUAACGACGAGGCCGUGGCUCUGUCUACCGAACCGAGGACUGUUCCUAAGACAAUAAAGAUCCAGGACCUAAUCUACAAGUCCUACACGAGCUACGCAAGCGGAGUCAGCAGUGAAUGCAUAGAGCACCUGCGUCUGAAACACCGUCUCAAAGUCGUGAGGCAACUAGAAGACAGCCUUGAAAGGAAUACUCUGAAGGCUCUGCAGCAGGACAAGAUGCUGGAACCUAAUGAGCUGCAGGAACUCCUUCUAGCAAUAAGAGAAGAGCUGCUAUGGGCGAAGCGCGUGCCGUGCGAGAGGAUAGAAGCGCCGUAUGAAAGCUAUCGACUGGACUACACGCAGUUUAAGAGUUUAUUCUCCGUACUAUCACCGUGGGCUGAAGGCGACUACGGUGAUGCUAUCACUACUCGGAUGUUUAAGCUGCUAGACUUGGACGACUCUGGUUAUAUAAACGCGCGGUCGCUGGCGCAGGCGCUGGGGCUGAGCGCGCGCGCGGAGGCGCCGCGGCGGCUGGCGGCUCUGUACUGCAUGCACGCGCCGCCGCUGCUGCCCGCGCGCGACCUCGACCCCCCGCGCUACACCGCCGCCGGGGACGAGCUGGCUACUGACGCUAUUAGCUUCUUCGACAGUACGGAGAACCCCUCGACGCCGGACUCAGUGGCGCCCUCGCUGCAGCAGUCGCUCAGCGAGAGCGCAGACGGCACCCACAUGGACAAGUCUACUGAUAGUGCUAGCAGCCAGUCAGUGACAGCGGCCUCUGCGGUGCGCUCGCUGGCGCUAUCCCCGGGCUACAGCGGGCCCGCGCCGGCGCUGCCCCGGGCACACUUCCUGCAGCUACUGGCCGCCAUGCACCGCCUCGCGCAGCGCUCCCCGCCGCUCUAUGACGCUGUGGCCCACGCCGGUACGAUGUUGCUUCAACUGGGUGAGCUGAACGGGCGGCCGGAACUGGACCGGGAGAUAUCUCAGGACAGCCUCUACCUGGCCGCGCAGACCGCCAAGAUGGCCGUUGAAGAUGUGAACCCGAACGGAAAUCCAACGGUGUCACCGCGGUCGCCCGUCACGCCCGAGCCUCUAUCUCCAGAACCAGCUGAGUCUAGCUGGUCCAUCACACUGGAACAAUUCUUGGCAACCAUGCUAGCCCAGCCGCUUCUAGAAGAAUUCUUCAACGAGAAAGUUCCAUUGCUACCAAGAUUAGAGGAACUCAGGCAUCGGGAUAGAUUGCAUUCGGUUUCGUAGCUGAUAGAGUGCGCUGAAUGUGUGGACUGGGUUACGUAGUGGCAAAGUGUGGUGGAGUGCAUUGGAAUAAGGUCGUAUUUGGCGAAGCUGCAGGCUGUAAGUAUAGGUUUUGAAUACUCAAGUUCGCGCUGAAGUUGCGGGUAGCUCGUUUUUUGAAGAUAUGGUGGUAUUUUUUACUGAUCGGUUAAUUUGCUUUCAAGCCAAUAUGUUGUCACGUCAUAUUUUGAUACAAACCGGUCGUAAAGAAAAGAGACUUUGCUUCGAAAUCGCUCUAGGAAAGAAGAUAAUGUUACCGAUGGACAGUGUACAGUUGGCACAAGCGAAACGAUACAAGCCGUCAUUUACUUUUGUAUUUGGCCAAGAAAUGUCGCUUGCAGUAUUAAUCCUGGGGAUUCCUUAGUAGAGGUGAAAUACGGAUUUUAUUUACCGAGUGGCUUGCUUGGUUCGAAAUUGCUUCCCUGCUGGCAUGGGCCUUGAGCGUAUAAUGGACUAGAUUAUGAUACUGUAUAAAGAAAUCCUACCUAUCUUUAUACCGUUUUUAAAAGUAAUAUCUACUAGGUACUCAGUAAUACUUACUGAUAAUAUGUUUAGAAUUCAUACAAUCGUAACUCACCGUAGCUUUUUACGAUAGUUUCAUAACAUAAAACCACAUUUGCAAAGUUUGUGAUUUAUUUAUCAUUGUCAACUAUGCAUUCCAAAUUUUUACGUAUUUUUUUUAUGAUUCUUCAAGUCGGCC